UUAGUGGCAGAUCCUCAAGAGAGUAGUAUCCUAUCCACAAGACAAGCAAGUGAAAGAAAGUACUUAAAGCAAUGGACAUGGUGCUCCAAAAUCUAGAUAACUAACUUAAUUGAAUUGAAACAUGAGUGAGAAUAGUAAAACCCUGCGUUUCGGCAUCUUAGGCUGCGCCAACAUCGCCAGAAAAGUGGCUCGAGCCAUUGCUCUCGCUCCGAACGCCACUCUCUGCGCCAUCGCGAGCCGUUCCAGAGAGAAGGCGGAGAAGUUCGCCGCCGAGAACGGGUUUCCGGCCAGCGUGAGGGUUUACGGGAGCUACGAUCAGGUGUUGGAGGAUCCAUGCGUGGACGCCGUGUACCUCCCCCUCCCCACGAGUCUGCACGUGCGGUGGGCGGUUAUGGCCGCCAGUAAAAAGAAGCACGUGCUGGUGGAGAAGCCCGUGGCUCUUGACGUGGCGGAACUCGAUCGAAUCUUGGAUGCGGUUGAAUCCAACGGCGUGCAGUUCAUGGAUGGUAGCAUGUGGCUGCAUCACCCUAGAACUGCCCACAUACAACGCUUGUUCUCUGUUCCUCAUUCUGCUAAUAGCGUUGGACCAGUUCGUUUUAUCCACAGCACAUCAACAAUGCCAGCAACACCUGAAUUCCUAGAGAGUGACAUUAGAGUAAAGCCAGAGUUGGAUGGUCUUGGUGCACUUGGUGACUUGGCCUGGUACUGCAUUGGUGCUUCCUUGUGGGCAAAGGGCUACCAACUACCAACCUCUGUCACUGCUCUUCCUGAUUCUACAAGAAACGAUUCUGGAGUCAUCGUGUCCAUCACAGCCUCUUUGCUGUGGGAUCAACCAAACCAAACAUUUGCAACCAUUCACUGCUCCUUUCUUUCCCACACUUCCAUGGACCUGGCCAUAUGUGGUUCCAAUGGCUCUCUGCAUCUCAGGGACUUCAUAAUCCCAUAUGGUGAGACUAGUGCUUCGUUCGAUCUCACACUUGGUGCUAAGUUUGUUGAUCUUCACAUUGGGUGGAAUGUGAGACCAGAGGAAGUUCAUGUGGCCAAUGAGCUCCCACAAGAGGCUCUAAUGGUGCAAGAGUUUUCUAGGCUUGUUGCAGGUAUUAGAGAUUGUGGAUCUAAACCCUCUACCAAAUGGCCUGAAAUCAGUAGAAAGACUCAACUAGUAGUUGAUGCAGUGAUCAAGUCACUAGAGCUUGGCUGCAAACCUGUUUGCUUGUAGAUAGAUGGUUACAAAGCAUGUUGUCAUUAAUCCAACAGAUCCUUCACCAAACAUCCUUAAUCCAAUGCCACCAUCAGAAACACCCUUAAGCCAACCGAGUGUUUGAAAAUUGGAAUAGAUAAGUCAUGAAUUGUAACAAGGAAGCCAUCUUUUGAAACUGCAAUUCCUAAUCAGAAUUGUUCAUGUUACUGUAAGUAUAGAUGAUGAAAUUUGCCAUCGGAAUCAAUGAUCAAUGCUUAUUUAUAAGUCAA